AUGAAACUCCUUCUAAUCCUCGCUGCCGUCGUCGCUGUGACCCUGUCGGCAGUAGUAGCCGUCCAACCGGAGGAGCGCAACAAAAUCGAAUGCAAGGCUUGCGAGGAUCUGGUUGAGCUAGCCGAAAAGGAGGGCGGCAACGAGAUCGAGAAGUUCCUGCACAGCAAGGUGGCUGAGGUGUGCGACUUUGCCGCUUUCUUGAAGCAUGAGUGCGAGAAGGUGCUCGACAGCAAAUGCAAUGAGCUGGUCGACUGGGUUCGCCGCAAGGAGCCGCCGGCCAAGGCUUGCAAGGGCGUCCACUGCUGC